GCAACAGUACUAGAGUUUGUUUCCUUCUGCAUCAAGACGAUAACACGAUAUCUUAGGUAUCCUGAUAUACGACCACAUGGUGACCCUACCGGAAGAAAUCGCUUUUAUUUGGCGUCGUCCGAAAUCCCUAUCUGCAAUGUUAUUUCUGCUCAAUCGCUAUGUCGCAUUGUUCGCCAAUAUCUCCAGCUUGGUUGUGGAAUUCCAAUCUAUAAUUUCAGAUGAGCUGUUGGAAAUUUUCGCUAUACAGAGAACUCGUUCUUUUCCUCCAGGGAAUACUCGUCUCCAUCACAAUGGCUAUGCGCACUUAUGCUCUCUAUGGAUGUAACAAGCGCCUCCUUACUUGGAUAGUAAUCGUCAUGGUUGCUCUUGUGGGAGUGUGCUGUGCAGAUACUUUUGGACAAUAUUCGAGCGAUUUGAUCAUCGUUCCAGGAUUUGGCUGCGAUGAAACAUUUUCAAAAGCGGUAUCCGCCCGAAUUGGGGUGGCAUAUGUGGCCGAAUUCAUCUUCGAUCUAUUCAUCUUCAUACUCACCGUGUACAGGAUUUACAAAACCAGAGGCUUACUGCGAUUAUCUCCAUUCGGCAGGGAAAAUAUCGUUGAUGUCAUAUUUCACGAUGGUACGAUGUUCUUUGGAGCGAUGACACUGUCCAAUAUACCGAACAUCCUGUCGUAUUACUCCGGUUCAGUUGUCCUCAGAGGGAGUUUUUGCACAUUUACUAGCUGCAUUUCCGUCACUCUCAUUUGUCGGUUGAUGCUUAAUCUACACCAAACUUUCGAUACUGGCAUUUUCUCCACCCUUAUCCAGGACGAUGGCCCAAGCCUCCCUGUCCUCACCACCAGGAUUGACGUACAGUCCGCGUUUUCCUCCCACCAUUGAUAGAUUAUAUUUGUGGAUCCAAAUUUGCAGGGAUUCUUGCUCGAAGCGGAAAGCUGUUCUUUUGGUUUUUUUCUCAAACACAGCACUGCACUGCGCGGGCGAUGCUUAACGUAUGUAGAAAUCUUAUUAUUAUCAUAUUUGGGUGCGCCCUAUGUUUAUAUGCUAAAUAUUUAUCCUGUAUAUGCUCGUCCGUAAUAUGCUGUAGGAUCGAUGUAUGCUUAAUCAGGCUAGUAGUCCCUCGAGGCUUGGCCACUCGGCUCCUAAGAUCCCUGGUUGAGAUUAUUAUUGAGCUUUUCACUCCCACCCUAAUCUACAUCACA